AUGAGUUUUGACUUUGCGGAUACACCUCCGGCCGUUGAUACCCGAAAUAGUCUACCCAACAACCCUGAUUUUCAUACAAGAAGAUUGGUUCCAAAAAUAUUUGGUGAUGGUGAAGUUUCUUUGAUGAAAGGGUAUAGGUAG